ACACAGGAAGUUUGUGGAGCUGGACAGUCGGAGCAUCCUCAGCAGUAACACCAGCCUUUGCUAAUUUUAUUCUUAACUAUGACAAGCGCUGGAGGGCAAAUCGCUAAUCUGAUUCAGGGCGGGAUCCUAUGGUGAUGAGCGGUGUGCCAUGCAGAGGAGACACAGCAGCAACACGGAUGGCAUGCCCUCUGAAAGGAGCCGAAGCCAAACUCUGGGAUCGGAGAGCAGCCUGGAUGAGGGUGGUGUGUUUGACUGCCUGAAGCCUGACUCACCUGCUUCGCCUCAGCAAAUCUUCUCUGGCCUGGUGGGUGUCCCCUCCGGCUCUGUCUCCUCUGCCCAACUCCAGGCAGCUGGCUUAGUUUUGGGAUCUCCCCCCGAAGUUUUUAUUCAGAUGACUGCAUCAUCCAGAGAAGAAGGGGGCCCCCACCGCUCAGAGGGUGGACCUUUUCUCCCUCGACCUCCCCAGCACCACCAUCACCACCACCACUUUCACCACCAGCCCUUGCAGCACAGGACCUCUUCUCUGCUCCAGCAGGCCACCACGGCAGCUGGCUCAGAGCGUCACAGCUCAAGGGAGGAGGCCCAGGAAGACCCAUCCACCCCGGCCCCAGCCCUUUCUGAGUUGAAGGCAGUAGUCACCUGGCUACAGAGGGGUUUCCCCUUCAUCCUCAUUCUGCUGGCUAAAGUCUGCUUUCAGCAUAAGCUAGGUAUUGCUGUGUGUGUGGGGAUGGCCAGCACAUUUGCCUAUGCCAAUUCCACAUUUAGGCACCAAGUGUCAUUACGGGAGGAACGAUCUGUAUUUGUUACUCUUUGGAUCUUAAUAUUCCUUGCUGGGAAUAUCAUGUAUAUCUACUACACAUUUAGUCAUGAGGAGCUGCACAACAGCCUCAUGUUUGCCAAGCCCAACCUCAACAGCUUUGACUUCUUUGAUCUGAUCUGGGUAGUGGGCAUCACUGACUUUGUGCUUAAAUACUUCACCAUCGCCCUGAAGUGCUUUGUCCUCUUUUUGCCAAAGAUACUCCUGGCCUUCAAAUCCAGGGGUAAGUACUACCUGCUGAUUGAGGACCUGAGCCAGCUGUUCCGGGCCCUGGUGCCCAUCCAGCUGUGGUACAAGUACAUCAUGGGAGAAGACCCUUCUAACAGUUACUUCCUGGGAGCCACACUCAUCAUCAUCUACAGCCUCUGCAAGUCCUUUGACAUCUGUGGACGUGUAUCAGCCAUAUGCAAGGCCGUGGCCAUGCUUUGCAGCACCCAGAGUUAUGGAGUGAGGGCCGGCAGUCAGCAGUGCAGCGAGGCGGGUGAUGUCUGUGCUAUUUGUCAGGCUGAUUUCAGAGAUCCCAUAGCCCUUCUCUGUCAGCACGUGUUCUGUGAGGAGUGCCUGUGUUUGUGGUUCGACCGGGAGAGAACGUGUCCGCUGUGCCGCUCUACUGUCAUCGAGACGCUGCGAUGCUGGAAGGACGGCACCACCUCGGCUCACUUCCAGAUCUAUUAAGCAGUGACAACAUAUCAUGUGCACCUGGAAGGAUGCAGCUGUGCUGCAAUCAGAGUUAGACAAUGGUGUGUCAUAUGUCUCUGUUUAUCUUGUUGCGGUAAUUCUUUAAAUUAGGAUCAAGUAUAAAUGCAGUAACACAAAGCAAAGAGUCUUCAAUUUUAGAGACAAGACCAGAACAGAACAUAUGUAAAUCACAUUAUUUUCAGUGCGGACUAGUUGAGCAUCAUAUGACGCUGGUGGUAUUUAUACAUAAACAUACACAUAAAGCUGCUCUAUUGUCAGUUUUAUAGUUGGGCUGUUGUCAUAGUUACAAGAAUAGUUUUUAUGUGUUUUCAUGUAUUUUAGACACGAUAAAAUAAUGUUACUUUGAUUUAGUGUGUUGAUAAUGUGAAUAGACACUGCAUUUCACACUUUUUUUGUAUUUAUGAGUUUGUCAUAUCUGUGUACUCUUUUUUUUUAUUAAUACAAAUUCAGCCUUUGAACAAAACAAAAUGUCUCAGAAUAGAUUGUAAGUAGAAAAUCGGUUCAAAUAUUUGUUCUGUCUGUUUGUAAAAAAUGUUCUUGGUUUGCAAACGACAAGGUUAUUGAGUGAUGAAUGGAAGGGGGUGUUUUAAUUAUCUGGACUGUAAACCGUACGUAGUAUAAUUGUUUAUGGUGCCAUCCAGGCACUGUGAUCAUAACAGUCGGUAGAUUUCUAUCAAGUGUGAAUGAAGUCAGUAGGAUUUGACUUUUCAUAUACUUGCAUUUUCAUUUACAGUGUGAGCUCAUGUCUGAUGAUCCUCAGUGCUGCAAACUUCAUUUCUUUGUCAUUCUCUAUGAAUAUUGUUAACAUUAAUCUUUUCCUUUGGAAUAAUUGUUGGGUUGCAUAAUGUUAAGAGGUUUUCAAUUUUGAA